AUGUACUACAAAACCUGCCAUCCCCAACCCAUUCGUGGUUCCCCACAGCGCAAGAAAGAAGAGCUUUUCGAAGAUAUGGAGGUCCAAAGUUCCUCUUCCUUCAAAGUUCGCGCUCUCCUUCAACAACUUCGCCUUCAUCUUCUCCAGGUUCUUGGGACUCCUGAGUUUCGGACUUGUAAAGCGAGUCAUGAAAUUCGGAAAGAUGUAGAGCUUCUGAUGGAUUUGUACAAGCAGAUGAUAUUGGAGUUAAACAAGCCGGCAGGGAAGGCUUUGCCGGAAUACUGCAGCGCGAGACCGGGAAGUAUGCCUAUAUUAGAAAACAAACGUCAGAAGUUGAGUCAGCGAAUGCAUUUUGUGCAGAAAGAGAUAGAAGACGGUUUUUUGAAGACUGAUUUCAGCUCGGAGAAGAAGAAGGCCCCCACGGGUAGCAGCAGCCGGCUAGCAGGAAGCUACAUAAUUGGUGGGUCAGUUUCUGGUUGGAAUUUCAUAACAUUUGGAGGCAAUAAACCAGUUUACAAUGGUGUGACAAAAAAGGCAUUUCGUAGCAGCCACAAAGAAGUAAGGAUCAUGGAGGCAUCCGUCAACAAUUAACACUUUUUCUUGUGAAAUGACAAUGACGACACUUUUGAAGCAAAACAGUUUUGA